AUGCACGAUGGAAAGUAUUACAACGACGCGGAACCGGUGAUAAGCGAUUCGGAGUACGAUGGGAUGCGGGCGAGGUACGAUGCGAUCGCGGCGGCGCAUCCGACGGCGGCGAAGGCGGGCGGCGCUCGCGCGCGCGUGGGGGCGACGCCGGACGGAGCGAGUGGGCUGGAAAAGAUCGCGCACGCGGUUCCGAUGCGGUCGUUGGGGAAUGCGUUCGACGUGGGGCAGGUGGAGGCGUUCAUGAAGCGCGUUGAGAAGUUGAGAGGGGAGACGGAGGGCGAGGCCGCGACGACGACGGCGAUUGAAUAUUGCGCCGAGCCGAAAGUCGACGGCGCCUCCGCGAGCUUGCGAUACGAGAACGGUGAGUUGGUGUACGCGGUGUCGAGAGGGGACGGUGAGAUGGGAGAAGACGUCACGCGACACCUCAUCGGCGCUCGGGGCGUGCCGAUGAAGUUGGCGGAGCCGUACCCGGCGGUGUUGGAGAUUCGCGGCGAAGUGCACGUGGCCGAUGAAGAUUUUCAACGAGUGAACGCCGAGCGCGCGGCGACUGGUUUGCGCGUCUUCAAAAACGCUCGGAACGCCGCGGCGGGAGCGAUGCGAACGCUCGUCGUCGACGAUAAUCAAAUGCCGUUGCGUUUUUUGGCGUACGGUUGGGGCGCCGUCGGCGCGUCAAACGAGGAGACAAACGCUCCGUGGCGGACGCAGAGCGAGUUCUUGAGUGCGUUCUUGCCAGCGCAAGGCUUUGACGCCGUACCAUUUUUAGGCGUGGCGAAAACCAUCGGCGAGCUCAUCGAGGCGUACGAUGCUUUAGAAAUAGCUCGCCCGACGAUGCCGUACGAGAUAGACGGCGUCGUGUACAAGGUCAACUCGGUCGAACUUCAAACCGCGCUCGGCGCGGAUGCGAGGCAACCUCGAUGGGCGAUAGCGCAUAAAUUCACAGCGAUGAGCGCCGUGACGACGCUUCGCGCCAUCGAAAUUCAGGUCGGGCGCACGGGCGCGCUGACGCCCGUGGCGUUGCUCGAUCCCGUCGACAUCGGCGGCGCAUCCAUCUCGCGGGCGACAUUGCACAACUUUGAUGAAAUCGCUCGUAAACAUCUCAAGGUGGGCGCACAAGUCACCGUUGAACGCGCGGGCGAUGUCAUUCCCCGCGUCGUCUCGCUCGCUGGUGAUGAUCUCGCCGAGGCUUCGGCGUACGCCGAAGACAUCAAGCCGCUCCCAGAAUGGCUCCCUCCGUCCAAGUGCCCAGAUUGCGGAUCAUCCGUCGUGCGCGCGCCUCUUUCGGCGUCGAAAACCGCGAUGGGCUCUAUCGUGCGAUGCACUGGUGGCUUGAAGUGUCCUUCGCAAUCGAUGGAACGCCUGUUGCACUUUUGCGCGAGAGACGCGCUGGAUAUUCGCGGGUUGGCGCGCGGCACGCUCGAGACGCUGCAUCGCGAAGGUGUGGUAAAGACGCCAGCUGACAUCUUCACACUCGAGCGAAGAUUCGGUCCGGAUAGCGGUGACGCCGUUCCGACGUGGUGGCGAUACGCCGGUGUGAAAAACUCCAAGGGUGAGAUCAAACAUGGUUCCGACGGCUUGAAACAGAGCGCUGUCAAGUUGUUCCAAGCCAUCGAAGUGCGACGCCAGGGCGUGCCUUUGCACCGAUUCAUCUACGCUCUCGGCAUUCCGAAUAUCGGCGCACACACCGCAAAAGUCCUCGCGACGCACUAUGGGAGUUUGGCCGCGUUCAAAAAAGCCGCCCUCGCCGCCGCCAAGGGCGGUCCGGCGAGUUUAGCGCACGCCGCGUUGACGCACGUCGACGGGGUCGGUCCCGUCCUCGCGCAAUCUUUGGUCGACUUUUGGGGCGAGCCCGGCAACGCGUUCAUCGUGGAUGAAAUCAUCGCCACGGGCGUCGUCGUCCUCGACGCCGACGCGUCGUCAUCAAAGAAUCAACCGUCUCCGCGAUUCGCCGAACCCGCGUCGUCGUCGUCUGUGUCGCCCACCCCAUCGCCGACGGUCCCAUCUCCCGAGCCCACCGCCGAUCUCCGUGGCAUGAAAAUCCUCUUCACCGGCACCAUCGACGGCUUCUCCCGCGACGACGUCCACGACCUCAUCCGCGCCGCCGGCGGCGACGUCGCCUCGACGCUCUCCCGCAAAACCGCCCUCGUCGUCGCCGGCGUCGGCGCCGGUCCAUCCAAGCUCGCCAAGGCGCGCGAUCUCGCCGUGCCCAUCGUCGACGCCUCUCGAUUCGUCUCCGCUUUGACCUCCGGUGACGGUUCUUUACCCUUGUAA